AUGUUGAACUCAGUUGCGCUCUUCGCAAUCUUGAUCGGCUCCGUCCUGGGUGGACCGAUUUCGAUGAGCAACAACAAUAUCGGCGACAUUGUGAAAGUUGACGUGGAUGCAGAAGUGGACAUCAGGAGUGAGAUCAACGUGGAGCUUGUGAAUGUUAUUGCGGAGCUGUUGGUGGAACUUCGUGAUGUAAACGUAAACACCUGCUCGAGAUCCAGCGAGGAAACUAGAGAGAGAACUAGUGAGGAAACUGGAGAGAGAACUAGUGAGGAAACUAGUGAGGAAACUAGUGAGGAAACUAGUGAGGAAACUAGUGAGGAAACUAGCGAAGAGACUAGCGAAGAGACUAGCGAAGAGACUAGCGAAGAGACUAACGAAGAAACUAGCGAAGAAACCAGCGAAGAGACUAGCGAAGAAACCAGCGAAGAAGCCAGCAACGAAACACCAACAGCAAACGCGGAAUCUUACCAAAAGCUCGUGCGAACGUUGGCAGAAACGAAACCCAAGGGCUACGAUGCACCCGGCUUGACCAAGGAUCAAAAGGAGCAGCUCUGGCGCCAGCACGUGGAAAAGCUCGUGCAGCAGCACAUGGCCAAUCGAAAGUAG